UUUGUUAUGCUAAUGAACAGAUGAACUCAUGAAUAAAGAUACCGGUUAUCAGCAAGACGUUGAUGAUAAAUAAUAAUCAUUCCACAUACUUUUAUGUACAGAUAUAUAUAGUUUCAAUAAUCAUUUAUAUAAUUUAUAAUAUUCAUUAUUAAUCCAACAACUGUGAUCAAGCAAACAUCAUGGCAGCAACACAAAUUUCUCGUUUUAUUUUUAAUCGACACUCAAUUAUUAGACAAAAUAUUCAACAUCUGGUACCAACAAUUAAAUUUUAUUCAAGUCAAACAGGUAAUUAUGAGUUUAUUAAAACUGAAAAAACAGGUGAAAAAAAAAAUGUAGGUCUUAUAACAUUAAAUCGACCAAAGGCAUUAAAUGCUCUUUGUGAAAAAUUGAUGACUGAGCUUAAUGAUGCAAUUAAAACAUUUGAGAAUGAUGAUAGUAUUGGAGCUGUUGUUCUAACUGGCAGUGAACGAGCAUUUGCUGCAGGAGCUGAUAUUAAAGAAAUGGCAAACAAUAAUUAUUCUGAUAAUUUGAAAAAAAGUUUUCUUCAACAUUGGGAUCAUGUUGCUCGUGCUAGAAAACCAAUAAUUGCUGCAGUUAAUGGAUAUGCUCUGGGAGGUGGAUGUGAGAUUGCAAUGAUGUGUGAUAUAAUUUAUGCUGGUGACAAAGCUAAAUUUGCUCAACCAGAAAUUGCAAUUGGAACAAUUCCUGGUGCUGGUGGUACCCAACGACUCACCAGAGCAAUUGGAAAAAGUAAAGCAAUGGAAAUUGUUCUUACUGGUAAUCAAAUAACUGCUCAAGAAGCUGAAAAAGCUGGAUUAGUUAGUAAAGUUUUUCCAGCUGAACAGCUAGUUAAUGAAGCUGUUAAACUUGGUGAAAAAAUAUCAUCACAUUCACCAUUGAUUGUUGCAAUUGCCAAAGAAUCUGUUAAUAAAUCAUUUGAGAUGACAUUAAAUGAAGGACUUCAUUUUGAAAAAAGAAUGUUUCAAUCAACAUUUGCAACUGAUGACCAGAAAGAAGGAAUGGCUGCAUUUAUUGAUAAAAGAUCACCAAAAUUUACAAACAAAUAAAUUUUUAAAUAUUUUUAAAUAAUAAAUAUAUGCAAUUUGUUAUUUUUAUAUAUACAACAAUUAUAAUGAAUUUUUUAAAUCAUCAACAAAUAUUUAUAUAUAUACUAUUUUAAAAACAAAAAAAAUAAAUUUUCAUUUUUUAUUAUUAUGAUUCUUUUAACGAGGACUGUAAGGAUUGACAAUAUUAAAUUUUUUUUUAUUAAUAAAGAUUGACAAAAAUAAUUUUAAA